AUGUUCUUUUUUGUUCUUAUAGAUUUAGGAUUAUCUCAGGUAGCAGGCGAAUAUGGUUCAAAUCGAGAACCUGAAGUACUAACAGCUAAAUGUCACAAUUUACGAGUUAUUAUUGAAAAAGUUCAUAGUGUUCGAGCUAUUGGUAGUGCAGCUAUGAAUUUAUGUAUGGUAGCUGAAGGAAGUUGUGAUGCUUAUUUUGAAUAUGGAAUUCAUAUUUGGGAUUAUGCUGCUGGUGAUCUAAUUGCUCGAGAAGCAGGCGCAUAUACAUGUGACCCAUCAGGCGGUCCAUUGAAUCUUCUUCAUCGUUGCAUUUUAUGUACGGCAACAAAACAACUUGCUGGACAAAUUUCUCCAUUACUUACUCAUGUUAAUUUUCCAGAUGAUUAG